AUGUUUUUUUCAGGAAGAGGAGGAAGACCGCCGAGAAAAAAAAAUAAAAAACAUUCGCCAAGCUUAAAUGCAGUUGCUAACGCUGGACCGGCUAAACCGGGAAUAGUGGCUAGUCACUCUUUACCCCCACAACCUUCGAGACCAAUAUCCACGGCGACGGCCGCACCCGUAAAAAAACCACUACCCGUGAAACCUCCCGAAACGGUCGCGGAAGUUUCACCCAUGACUCAAACUAUGACGACUAUGACGACAACGCCUGCGGUUAACAGUCUUUCAAAACCUGGAUUGCCAUCCGUGACGCCGAUACAAAUCAGGGCUCCGCCGGUUAAUCAACCUGUUAAACUUCAAACAAGUCAAACGCCGACUCAAGUUCAACCACCCCCUACUACUAGUACGCCUCAAACUCAAACGCAGCAACAACAGCCACAACCCCAACAAACGUCGACUCAGAUGACGGGCAAACAACAACCGCCGGAUUUAACGGAUCCCGUGGGAAUUCUUCCGCAAACUCUCGACUCUCAUUUAGACAUGAGCGUUUCUGCCUCGCCCCCCUCUCUUCCAUUAAACACAAAUUCCAUGACAAACCCACCCCUUGUUGUUCCCAUGCUCAACGAUAACGAUGUGUUUCAGCAUUCGGUCGUUUUGAAAACUCCAGCCGUGUUUCCGCCUCCCAUCACACUUCCCGUACCCGUAUCCCGUAGCAAUGGAUUUCCAGCAACGGAAAUAAAAGUUGAGAGUCCGCCGAACGUCGGAGGAGUAGCAGCAGCAGUCGGUGUUCCCUCUGUCUUCGAUCCGGUAUCGGUCAAGGAAGAAAAACCUGCUGUACUACAACCUCCUCCUCCUCCUCCCCCUCCGCCUCCUGCCUCAACCGGACAAGGUACAGCAACGUCCGAAGUCAAACCAAGUCCUGUUAAUUCAGGUUCGAAUUUUGCUUCUGCAUUUAAAUCGAAACCUCCGAACAUGGCAGAUAAUUUAAAAAAUGCCAGUUCGUGGUCGUCCUUGGCACAGGCAUCUUCUCCGCAUAAUGCGGUUGGAGGGAACGCAUCGAACAUGAAAAAUGCGAUGGACAGUUUUCAGGCUUUUAAAAAGCAGGCAAAGGAAAAAGCUGACAGACAAAGAGCGUUGAUAGAGCAACAAGAAAUUAGAAGGUUACAAAAAGAACAAGCGGAAAGAGAAAGGAUAAGAAUAGAAAAUGAAAGACGGAGAGAGAGAGAAGAAGAAGAGGCCUUAGAAAAAGCCAGGGUGGAAGAAGUCAAAUCGAGCGGGCAAGAAGAUAAUUCUAGUCCCAAUAACGGAGGAGGCGACAAAUCCGCGGCGGAAAGAGAAAGGCAAAGGUUACGAGAACAAGAGAGGAGAAGGCGAGAAGCUGUGAGUAUUUUUUGUUUUUUUUUUUUUUUAAUUCGGUUCAAAUAA